UAAAAUUGUAACAUAUAAGUUAUAGCCUAUUUUGUAAGAAGGGAUGAGCCAUAAUUAUAUGUCUUCAUAUUGUAGAAUUGGCUUUAAUGUGGUAUUAACUUUUCCAUCUAUGCCUCUCCCUUCUAACUGCGCCCUAUCUUAUCUUUACACACACGCCGUGUCACGGGGUUACUUUUAAACCACUGUUGUAGCCUACUGUAUUGUAAAGUUAUAUUGCGCUCACAUUACAGUUAACCUACUGACUUAUUCUACUGUCGGACAAAUAAUACGGAACACGUGUGAUCUGUUAACUGGAAAAUAAGACCAUCUCCACUGCCAAACUCGGGGUCAACCGGCUUGUCAAGAUGCUGAAAGCCCUCGGACAAGUUUUAUUUACGGGACUGCAGGGCCCUAAAUACACGACAGCGGAAAGUAAGGGUAAGGACUACGAGAUCCGCACCUAUGAGGCCGCUACGUGGGUGAGUGUCACUCUUAAGGGAACGCAGGGGGACGCCGUUAUGAAGGAGGGAUUCGGCAAACUCUUCAAGUACAUCCAGGGGGAGAACGACAAGAAGGUGAAGAUGGACAUGACUGCUCCGGUGACAGGCCGUGUAGAACCGAGCGCUGAUCCGGCGAGUGAGAGCAGCUUCACCGUCUCGUUCUUCAUCCCCCAGGAGCACCAGGCCGACCCGCCUACACCCAGCAGCCCAGACGUGGUCAUUGAGAACCGGCCCGAGAUCACCGUCUUCGUACGGACGUACGGAGGGUUCACCAACGAUCAGACAGUCCGUGCUGAGCAUCUGAAGCUGGUCGAGAGCCUCCGCCGAGAUGGGGUGCAGUUCUGCGAGGAACCGUUCUACAGGGUGGGCUACGACCCCCCGUUUAAACUGACCAACCGCCGGAACGAGGUCUGGCUCCUCCAGUCAGGCCGGGCAUGACACAGCAGGAACUACGGGGAGCAGGAAGGGUCAAGAGGAGGAGGAGGGGGGGCUAUUGAGUGAGUCCAUUUUGAGGGGCUUUACGGGGCGGAUGUUGUGUGCGUCUUUAUAACACGGAUAGUUCCGCUGCUUGAUUAUGAUUGGCUAAAUCGCAUUGGAUGGCGUUGUAAAAUCCAGCGCAACCCUUCACAUUUACCGCAUUUUGUUCUAUAUUACUGUGCCACCACAAAUUGAUACACAAAUUAUAGUUGCUGCAUCUUGACGUUUCUUGGCAAGCAUUCCAAUAGAGGAAAUAUAUUUCUUGGCAGAAGAAUUACUUCUUAAGUUUCUUGUUGCUGUGCUUUUGUUUUAGAAAAUCUUGCCAGAUGUUGUAACUGUUUUAGAAAAGCAAACUUGAGUCUGUAGGUUCCAGUGAUUUUAGAGGGGGAGGGUUAACACCCCUUAGCUGGUCUAAAAUCACUACGGCCUCUUGGGCCUUAUUGCUUAAGUCAGCCAAGUGUGUGUGUGUGUGUGUUAGCCAAGUGUGUGUGUGUUAGCCACGUGUGUGUGUGUGUGUUAGCCACAUGUGUGUGUGUUAGCCAAGUGUGUGUGUGUGUGUGUGUGUGUGUGUUAGCCACGUGUGUUAGCCAAGUGUGUGUGUGUGUGUGUGUGUGUGUUAGCCAAGUGUGUGUGUGUCAGUCAUGGGUGAAGUGUGUUUAAUGGGGUUUAUGUUUUUUAUUUUCCAGUAAUUUGAUGCUUUUGAAGUUUCAGCAUCUAACAGCGGUGUUUCUGAUUGACACAGAAACUGAUUUUAGAUAUGAAUAUUAAAAUGUUCACUCAUUUAAUUUGAAAUGUUGAUGACACUACCAGUUCAAGGACAGCUAUAGCCUAUGUCUGUAUAAAUGUGUUUUUAUCACUCACAUUUUGAAAAUGGGAAGAAAUUAGCCCGUUUGUAUGAAUAAAUGCAUUUUUCAAUGUA